UAGAAAUCAGACUGUUUUGGAAGGAGAGGAGACAAUUUCAAAACUGGACAGUAUAGAGAAAGCAGUUUACAAAUUCAUGCAUUCCUCGAGAGGAACUAUUCCAAGUGGUCAGCUUCAACUGCCUGUCAAACCACAAGCUUGUCCCGACCAAUUCUGUUGCUUCACCUCAACGAAUUCUCCAAAAUCUCUUACUGAGGAGUUUGCGGUGGGUGCAGGCGGAGAGACACCAGAAGAGCUAGUCGGUUUUUUUCCUGUCUGAGAGGGGGCAUCUACUCUCUCCUUACAAUGAAUGCGAGUGAGAGUGACCACCAAUUAAGUGCAUGGCAGUUCUCCUAUGAAGAGUAUAAGGAGACGGCUGAUUGGUUGAUGGCCCAGAUUCCAAUCCAGCCAAGGAUAGCAGUGAUCUGUGGGUCUGGCCUCGGGGGCCUCGCCAAUUUGCUGAGUGACCAGACCAUCAUUCCAUAUGAGAAGAUCCCCCGCUUCCCAAAAAGUACAGUUGCAGGUCAUGCUGGCAGGCUGGUGUUUGGGGAACUCCGUGGGAAGCAGUGUGUCUGUAUGCAGGGCCGCUUCCAUUUCUACGAGGGUUACCCAAUCAAUGAGGUAACCUUUCCUAUUCGUGUUUUCCACCUGAUGGGCAUCAAGACUCUGAUAGUAACCAAUGCUGCGGGAGGCCUGAAUGAAGAAUUUAAUGUCGGUGAUAUCAUGUUCAUUAAUGACCAUAUCAAUUUGCCUGGCUUUGCAGGACUGAACCCACUGAGAGGCAGCAAUGAGGAGAGGUUUGGUGUGCGGUUCCUGUGCAUGUCAGAUGCCUACGACAAGACUCUCCGGCAGAUGGCCUUUGAAUGUGCCCAGGAGCUGGGCUACCAGGAUUUCAUCCGGAACGGCGUGUACUGCAUGCUGGCCGGCCCCUCGUACGAGACAAUUGCCGAAUGUCACUUCCUGAAGAAACUGGGAGCUGAUGCAGUCGGAAUGAGCACAGUGCCCGAGGUAAUCCUUGCCCGUCACUGCGGAUUGCGAGUGUUUGGCACCUCGCUCAUCACCAACAAGGUAGUGACAGACUACAGCAGCCAGCAGAAAGCCAACCACGAGGAAGUGCUGCAGACCUCGAAGGAUCGGGCUGAGGCCCUGCAGAGGCUCAUCAGUCACCUGGUGGCGAAGAUAGACUGAACGUUGCACGGCCCACUGAUCCCUAGGACGCUGUAGCAAUAAUAUUAUUACUAAACAUGGAGUAAGAUCGGAUGUGGAGGAGGAUGCAAAAUACAGAGUCAAAUCUCUCGUCCUUGUACACACCAGAUAAUCGACAACAAGACUACUUGUGUUAGACAGUCCAGCUCAUGCCAAAGCAUACAGUCCCCAUUUGGCCCAACAAGUCCACACCAACCCUCCAAAGAGCAUCCCACCCCCCUGCUCCCACUCUGUCCCUGAAGCCCUGUAUUUCCCCUGGCCAACCCACCUAACCUCCACAUCCCUGAACUUGACAGGCAAUGUAGCAUGUCCAAUCCAUGUGACCUGCACAUCUUUGGACUGUGGGGGGAAACCGGAGCACCUGGAGGAAACCCACACAGACACGGGGCGAAUGUGCAAACUCCACACAGACAGUCGCCCGAGGCUGGAAUCGAACUCUGGCCCUGUGAGGCAGCAGUGCCCCAAAGAGUCAAUGUGCUAAAAUCCCCAUCCUGCCAAUGUACCACUUCCAGUUGAUAUACCCCACCUCUCACGUGACACUUACCCCAUCCAGUCAUUGUACCCCAUGUUGGUAACGAACCUCACCCAUCAUGUUGAGUACCCCGACCUACUAUUAUAAUCCCAUCUACCCAUCCUCUUCCCACCUCAUACACCUACUCUCCCAUCCACCUACCCAUCAUAUACUCUAUUGGUCCCUAAUCACACCUACCCACUUUGUGCCCUGCUUAUUCUUUAUAUCCCCCCUCCAUCUGAUAAGCUCCUCACCUGCCCCUGCUGAGCUCACCUGCUGAUAACCUUGGCCCAAUGUUCAGUCCCAUUGACUGUUGACUGUGGAUUACACAAUAAUGUGUAAUAUACUGAUUGGUCCAAUCUAUCUUGAAUCACCACUGUUAUCCAAUUCCACAUCCAUCUUGCUUCUAAUAUAUGUAUUUUAGACUAAGGUUAAUAUAAGUCUGCAAGAUAAUUAUUAUUUAUUUCUAACAUAUUGUUGGAGAUAAAGGACAAGUGUGUUUCUACUGAAAAAAGCUUGCAUUUGUAUCGCACUUUUUGCAACUAUCUCUUUAAAGCACUUUUACAAAUGA